AUGACGCAAACUGCGGUAAUCAUCGCAGUUCUCUGCUUGACAACCUCUGUACUGAACGCGCAGAGCUUAUACGGUUAUGAAGCUCUUCUCGGAAAAACUGCACUCGAUCUUGAUGAUCUGCGUAGCUUGAUUGCAGCCGAAAAGCGAAAUUUUCGAUUCCAUGCCGCCAGAGGCAAAAAGUACGAUCCACAGCUGCUUAAGAGAUACGGCUACACACCAUCACGAGGCAAGAAGACGCUGCAAGUAGACGUCAUCAACUCGUCACCUAUUUAA